CCGACCGAAGACACCCCCGCGCGCGCGCUCGCCAGGGGCAGGAGCCGGCCUCCUGCGCAGCUCCCCUCGGCCGCCGGGGGCCUCCCCGCGCCCCGCCGGCCUCUAGGCCCCCUCCCGGCUGGCGAGCGGCGCCACAUCUGGCCCGCGCAUCUGCCCGGCCGGCCGGCGCGGGGUCCCGAGAGGGCGCGGCGCGGAGGCGCAGCCGGGGCUCCGGGAGGCGCCGUCCGCUGCGCUCGGGGCUCGGUCUAUGACGAGCGGCGGGGGCUGCCAUGGGUCGGGGGCUGCUCAGGGGCCUGUGGCCGCUGCACAUCGUCCUGUGGACGCGCAUCGCCAGCACGAUCCCGCCGCAAGUUCAGAAGUCGGUUAAUAAUGACAUGAUGGUCACUGACAACAAUGGUGUCAUCAAAUUUCCGCAAUUGUGUAAAUUUUGCGAUGUGAGAUCUUCCACCUGUGACAACCAGAAAUCCUGCAUGAGCAACUGCAGCAUUACAUCCAUCUGUGAGAAACCACAUGAAGUCUGUCUGGCUGUCUGGAGAAAGAAUGAUGAGAACAUAACACUAGAGACGCUUUGCCAUGACCCCAAGGACACCUACCAUGGAAUCGUUCUCGAAGAUGCUGCUUCUCCAAAGUGUAUUAUGAAGGAAAAAAAGGUGUUGGGCGAGACUUUCUUUAUGUGUUCCUGUAGCUCCGACGAGUGCAAUGACUAUAUCAUCUUCUCCGAAGAAUAUGCCACCAACAACCCUGACCUGUUGUUAGUCAUAUUCCAAGUGACAGGCGUCAGCCUCCUGCCACCCCUGGGAAUCGCCAUAGCUGUCAUCAUCACCUUCUACUGCUACCGCGUUCACCGGCAGCAGAAGCUGAGCCCGUCCUGGGAGACCAGCAAGCCGCGGAAGCUCAUGGAGUUCAGCGAGCACCUGGCAAUCAUUCUGGAAGAUGACCGCUCCGACAUCAGCUCUACCUGUGCCAACAACAUCAACCACAACACAGAGCUGCUGCCCAUUGAGCUGGACACCCUGGUGGGGAAAGGUCGCUUCGCCGAGGUCUACAAGGCCAAGCUGAAGCAGAACACUUCAGAGCAGUUCGAGACUGUGGCAGUCAAGAUCUUCCCUUACGAGGAGUACGCCUCCUGGAAGACGGAGAAGGACAUCUUCUCAGACAUCAACCUGAAGCAUGAGAACAUCCUGCAAUUCCUGACGGCCGAGGAGCGGAAGACGGAGCUGGGGAAGCAGUAUUGGCUGAUCACUGCCUUCCAUGCCAAGGGCAACCUACAGGAAUACCUCACACGGCACGUCAUCAGCUGGGAGGACCUGCGCAAGCUGGGCAGCUCCCUCGCCCGGGGCAUUGCUCACCUGCACAGCGACCACACCCUGUGCGGGAGGCCCAAGAUGCCCAUCGUGCACAGGGACCUCAAGAGUUCCAAUAUCCUCGUGAAGAACGACCUGACCUGCUGCCUGUGUGACUUUGGGCUUUCCCUGCGCCUCGACCCAACUCUGUCUGUGGAUGACCUGGCUAACAGUGGGCAGGUGGGAACCGCAAGAUACAUGGCUCCAGAAGUCCUAGAGUCCAGGAUGAAUUUGGAGAAUGUUGAAUCCUUCAAGCAGACGGAUGUCUACUCCAUGGCUCUGGUACUCUGGGAGAUGACAUCUCGCUGUAAUGCAGUGGGAGAAGUGAAAGAUUACGAGCCUCCAUUUGGCUCCAAGGUGCGGGAGCAUCCCUGUGUUGAGAGCAUGAAAGACAACGUGCUGAGAGACCGAGGGCGACCAGAAAUCCCCAGCUCCUGGCUCAACCACCAGGGCAUCCAGACGGUGUGCGAGACUCUGACCGAGUGCUGGGACCACGACCCCGAGGCCCGGCUCACGGCCCAGUGCGUGGCGGAGCGCUUCAGCGAACUGGAGCACCUGGACAGGCUCUCAGGGAGGAGCUGCUCCGAGGAGAAGAUCCCGGAAGAUGGCUCACCGAACACUACCAAAUAGCUCUUCUGGGGCAGGCUGGCCUACGUGUGAAGGGGCUGCCCCUGUCACCAAAGAACAGAGGCAGCAGGAGGCUGCCCCUGAACCUGAAGCAAUGCUUCCUGGAAGCCCAGGGGGUUACUGCCCUCCCUGUAAGCCAGUGGGCAUGAGCAGAACCACCAGCAGCCGGGAGUGGGUGACAUGAAGCAUUCUAGGCCUUUGACAUUGUCAUAGGAUAAGCUGUGUUAGCACUUCCUCAGGAAAUGAUAUUGAUUUUUACAAUAGCCAAUAACAUUUGCACUUUAUUAAUGCCUGUAUAUAAAUAUGGAAUAGCUCUGUUUUAUAUAUAUCUAUAUAUGUCUAUAUCUAUAUAUAUAUACAGCCAUACUCUGGAAAGAGACAAGGAAAAUAAAAUCAAAUAUCCCAAGAAAUUGGUUUGUUUGGAGAGCUCCGGAACCAGGCACAGAAGGAAGGGGAUCCGAGACAGCAUUAGCACUUGACAAUCAACACGUGCGCUGGUUUUCUGCCUACACGAGGUGAGGGCUCUGCAUUAGGAGGGGGCUCCGAGUCUCAAGAGCCUGCUGUGGCCACGUUGCACUCGCUUUUGCAAAAUAGUAAUUCCCUGCACGGUGGGUGGGGGGGGGACUUUUCUGGCUAUGGAGCCAAUUAUAGUCACACUGUUUGGGGACCAGAUGCUGGGGUUCCUGCGUGCCACUGUGUCUCCUGGACUUUUCACUUGAGCUUCAAGCCCACAUCUGGUUUGUGAGCCACCUUCCUCAACCAGCUCAGAAACCCUGUCCCGUCUCUAAGAGCUUAAAAGUUUUGAGCCCCAUUUUUUUUUUUUUUACCUUCGCAGCCUUCACGGGCAUAAAAAUCAGGACAAAUUUCCCCAUUUAUGAAAUGGCCACAUAUUCUACUAAGGAGAGACCAUUCUUUCUUUCCUUUAAUCCCCAUCCCCUGCCUCCUGCCCCCAUACCCAUGUUACUAUUCUCCCAUGCUACUUUCCCUAAAGGGAACAAAUCUCCCUUCCAGGGUUCAUUGUGUUGAGUUUCUCAUCAGGCUUGGUUUGAAUCUCUAGCUUUCUAUGCAAACACCGGUGGAUUCCAUCUGUCUGGGCUCCUGAACGCUCAGGUACAUUUUGGCCUAGUCAGAAGGAUUCUGCCAUGGUCAGAACUGUUUCCUCAGGCACUCUGAACAUGUGUUUUGCUUGGCCAGAACGGCGUUUGACAAAAUUGAGCCACUUUUUAAAUAUUUGGAGAUUUUGAAGAAAAAAAAAAAAUCUGGAUCCCGCAAGUGAGGAUAGACAGCGGAUGGUUUUCACAUUUCCCCAGUCCACAUUACUCACAAAACGAAGGUGUGGACCCACUUAUAAAGCUGCUUUACUUCUCGACGUAAACAUUUGCAUUUUCCACUGCCCGCCCCACCCCAGUCUGGGAAUUAAACCCGCCCCUAAGCAAGGCCUUUUGUAAGAAAUGUUCUUUCCAUCAGUCAUUCUCUGGCUAUAUGAGUUCAAGUCCCUCCCUUUUCCUAGUCUGGCGUUAAGAUUUGAAGUUGGUCUUUUUUUUUUUUUUUGGACUGAAGGGGACCCCCUCUAAGUGGUCCCAGGUAAACCAAAUCUAUUUUUGUCUAUAUAUUAAGAGCUUUCCCCCCACCCCUGCAUUAGGGAGGGCGGCUCUUACCUAGAAGCUUCUGCCACGGUUAUCUUUCUCUCCACCAUACCAGCUUUCCCGCCCUUUGCAGAAUUUGCCAGCGAGGACUUGAAUGUGGGACCCAAGAAUCCCAUUUACAGUUAGAAAGACUGUGUCCACAUGGGCAAGAACAAAGAAUGAGCUUUAAUACUCCAUAGUAACUCGUUAAUCCACAAAUACGUGUUAAUGCUGCAAAAAAAAAAAAAAAUCUCUUUUUCUAAAAUGUUUUUGAAGCUACCUAUUUUCAGCCAACUAGGAAUAUAAGAGAGGACUGGCAGUGAGUAGAUCAGAGUUCCAUUUGGAUUUUGGAAGAUCUCAUCUCAUUGAAGUUUUAGCAGAUACGCUGAGAUUUGGGAUUAGGUGAAUCUCGUAGGCACCUUGCUCAGUGGGUGUGGGCUGAGAGAGUUCAGGACAGCUUGCCCCCAAUACCAUGGAAGGGCCCAGAAAUUCCAUGCACCUUAGGGCUUGUCAAUGCUGUCCCAAUAGCUGUUGCUCAUCGACCUCUAGUGGUGAAUUUCUAGAAUACUGGUCCAUUAAUGGGAUUUUCCAAGAUUCAGAAGAGCUUUAUCACUUCUGGGGGGUCAUCAGCCUAAACUGGAAUGUAGUGUCAGAUGAUACUGUGGCUUGUUUUAUUUCUUAUUUCUUUGUCAAGAAAAAGACCAAGGAAUAACAUUCUGUAGUUCCUAAAAAUACUGAUUUUUUUUUUUUUACUACUAUACAUAAAGGGAAAGUUUUAUUCUUUUAUGGAACACUUCAGCAGUACUCAUGUAUUAAAAUAGGAAUGUGAAUGCUAUAUACUCUUCUUAUAUCAAAUGUCUCAAGCACUUAUUUUCAUUCUAUGCAUUGUUUGUCUUUUAUAUAAAUAAAAUGUUUAUUAGAUGGAAUAAAGCAAAAAUACUCAGGUCAGCUUCCUGCCUCCUGAUCCCAUUCAUCGUAAUUAAGCCAUUUAACCUCAAAACUUGGUUAUUCUACAGUCUAUGCAGGAAAAGUCACAAGACAGAUUCUCUCCAAAUUUCCCAUAUUGUCUCCUUCAACUGACAGUCUCGAGUCCUUUAAAAAAAAAAAAAA